AUGAAAAUCGAAAAUUCAAUCACAGAAAAAAAGGUCCAUUUCGAAACUGAAGAUAAUGAAAAGAACCAAGAAAUGACAUCAUUACAGCCUUUUGAGGCCACGGAUCUCUUCCGAUUAAACAACAUAAACCUAGAUAUACUAACGGAGAAUUUUCCGUUGGGAUUCUACUUCGAAUACUUAGUAUUCUGGCCUCAAUUAUUCUUCAAAAGUAUUGAAACGACAAUAGAUGAAAAUGAUAACUGCAGUAAUAUAUCUGGAUACAUGAUGGCAAAAACAGAGGGAAAAGGCCAUGACUGGCACUGUCAUAUAACUGCCGUCACGAUUGCUCCAACAUUUCGUAGAGUUUCGCUAGCGUCGAGACUUUGCAAAGCCCUUGAAGCAAUUACGGAUUCACGGCCUCACGAAGUUAAUUUUGUUGAUUUAUUUGUUAAGUGCAAUAAUUAUUUAGCAAUUAAACUCUACGAAAAAUUGGGUUACAGUGUAUUUAGGAGAGUAAUCGGAUACUACAGUUCGGGUGAUGAUGGUUAUCCCACCAGUUUGAAGAACACAGAUGACAAUACCGACGCUUUUGAUAUGAGAAAGAGCAUGCCAAGAGAUAAAGAACGAAGUAUUAGAAAUGAUGGAAGAAAGCACAAAUGUUAUCCACAUGAUGUAAGGUUUUGA